AUGGCCUCCUCUACUCCACCGAUCUACCCCUUACCUUCAAGUUUUGAUCGCCGGUUGCUUCUUUUGUUGCCUUUACUCUUGACUGCACCGUCGAUCGGCGCAUCAGAAAGUCAGUUCAAGUUGGACGGAAAGGUGCUGGAGCUCGAUGACUCCAAUUUUGACGCCGCUAUUUCGAAUUUUGAUUAUGUUUUCGUCGAUUUCUAUGCUCCCUGGUGUGGUCACUGCAAGCGUCUCGCGCCUGAGUUAGAUAAAGCGGCCCCACUUCUUGCUGGAUUGAAGGAGCCCAUAGUUGUUGCAAAGGUAGAUGCUGACAAGUACAGAAAGCUUGCUUCUAAAAAUAAUGUUGAUGGAUAUCCGACACUAAAGAUUUUUAUGCAUGGCAUCCCUACUGAGUAUUAUGGGCCUAGGAAAGCUGAUUUGCUUGUUCGGUUUCUGACAAAAUUUGUUGCUCCUGAUGUUGCUGUUUUAAACUCCGACUCUGCUAUAAGAGACUUUGUCGAAGCAGCAGGCACAAAUUUCCCCAUGUUUAUAGGAUUUGGCUUAGAUGAGUCCAUUAUUGUAGAUUUGGCUGUCAAGUAUAAGAAGAAAGCAUGGUUUUCUGUUGCCAAAGAUUUUUCCGAGGAUGUCAUGACCUUGUAUGAUUUUGAUAAGGUGCCUGCUCUGGUUGCAAUUCAUCCAGCCUACAAUGAAAAAAAUAUAUUCUAUGGGCCAUUUGAAGAAAAAUUUCUGGAAGAUUACAUAAAACAAAGUUUGCUGCCUCUGGUAUUACCUAUAAAUCAAGACUCGUUAAAGUUACUUAAAGAUGAUGAGAGGAAAGUUGCUCUUACGAUCUUAGAGGAUGAAGUGGAUGAAAAAUCCAGGAAAUUAAUAGAAGUUUUAAAGUCUGCUGCCUCUGCAAAUCGUGAUGUAAUAUUUGGCUAUGUUGGGUUAAAGCAAUGGGAAGAUUUUGUCGACUCAUUUGAAAUCAACAAGAAGACUAAGCUUCCUAAGAUGGUUGUAUGGGAUGGCGAUGAGGAUUAUUAUAAUGUUAUAGGUUCAGACAGCAUAGACGAAGCCGACAUGGGCAACCAAGUCUCAAAAUUUCUGGAAGGCUACAGAGAAGGAAGCGUGAUUCAAAAACGCAUCUCGGGCCCAAGCUUGAUGGAAUUCAUAGCCUCGAAUUUUGCUGUCAAGAUUUUUCUCAUUUUCCUAUUUGUUUUGCUGGUGAUGAUACUGAUCUUGGCAACAAUGAAAGAUGAACCUCAAACUGUCGGCAUGCGUGUCCCGGCUGAAGAUAGAAGGACCUCCGCCUCUCAGACCGAAGCCAGAGACAAAGAGGAUUGA